AUGAUGAGGCUUUGUCCUUGUUUCGUCAAUCCACAACAACUUGGAGGACCUAAUUCUCCUAGAGACUCAUUUGAUGAAGGUCUUACAGCUUAUAGAGGCCAUAGCCGGAAACUUUUUGCUCUGUUCACCUUUCGCUCACGUCGAAAAGGUAGCUGCAGGCAGAAGUACAUAACGGAUGAGAUAAAGAAAUAUGGUAACGUGAAGAACUGUGGAAGAAUCUUCAAAUUCAAGGAAAUGAUAGCUGCAACAGACAAUUUCAGCAUGGAUUGUAUGAUUGGAGAAGGAGGUUUCGGAAGAGUUUACAAAGGCUUCCUCACAAGCCUUAAUCAGGUGGUAGCUGUAAAGAGGCUUGACAGGAACGGUUUACAAGGAACAAGAGAAUUCUUUGCAGAAGUGAUGGUAUUGAGUAUGGUUCAACAUCCAAACCUUGUCAAUCUCAUUGGCUAUUGCGUGGAAGACGAGCAACGAGUUCUUGUUUAUGAAUUCAUGCCUAAUGGAUCUUUGGAAGAUCAUUUAUUUGACUUACCAGAUGGAGCACCAAGUCUAGAUUGGUACACAAGAAUGAAGAUAGUGCACGGUGCAGCUAAAGGGCUUGAGUACUUGCACGACUACGCGGAUCCUCCUGUGAUCUACCGCGAUUUCAAAGCUUCAAACAUAUUGUUAGAGUCGGACUUUUACUCCAAGCUGUCGGAUUUCGGUUUAGCUAGGCUUGGACCAACUGAAGGCAAAGAUCAUGUGUCCACUAGAGUCAUGGGAACGUAUGGAUACUGUGCUCCUGAGUACGCAAUGACCGGUCAGCUCACUGCUAAAUCCGAUGUUUAUAGCUUUGGUGUUGUCUUGCUCGAGAUAAUUUCCGGGAGACGAGCUAUUGAUGGUGAUAGACCAACCGAUGAACAAAACUUGAUAUCUUGGGCGGAGCCGUUGUUGAGAGAUAGGAGGAUGUUUACGAAGAUUGUGGAUCCGAAUCUAGAAGGAAACUACCCUUUAAAAGGGUUGCAUCAAGCUCUAGCGAUUGCAGCAAUGUGUUUGCAAGAAGAAGCAGAGACUAGGCCGUUGAUGGGUGAUGUGGUCACAGCACUUGAGUUCUUGGCUAAUAAGCCUAUAGAGGUUCUUGAUAAUAAUACUACAAACACAAACACUACUCCUGCUUAUGCUAGUCAGUCAUCAUCAUCUUCGUCAUCUGAUCCUUAA